CCGCCCCCCCUUCUCCGGGCCCAGCCCCUGCCCUUGCCCCUCGGUGCCAGAGCCUCAGUGACUCAGCACAUUUUGGGGGCCCGGGGCAGGGGCGGAGCGGGGAGGGGGUGUCAGGGGCGGGCCGGGGGCGGAGCCUGGAUUUAUUAAGCUCCGGGCCGCGCGGGAUUCAGCUUCCGGUUAGCGCUGGUGCUUGUGGUCUCGUGUCUCUGGAGAUGCCUCCCUACACCAUCACCUACUUCCCUGUCCGAGGGCGAUGCGAGGCCAUGAGGAUGCUCCUGGCGGACCAGGGCCAGACCUGGAAGGAAGAAGUAGUGACCAAAGAUAUGUGGAUGAAGGGGGACCUCAAGGCCACUUGUCUCUAUGGCCAGCUCCCCAAGUUCGCCGACGGAGACUUCAUCCUUUACCAGAGCAACGCCAUCCUGAGACACCUGGGGCGCCAGCUCGGGCUCUAUGGGAAGGACAACCGGGAAGCCACGCUCUUGGAUAUCGCCAAUGAUGGGGUAGAGGAUCUUCGGCUCAAGUAUGGUCGCCUCAUCUACCAGAAUUAUGAUAACGGCAAGGACGAUUAUGUGAAGGACCUGCCCAACCAGCUGAAGCCUUUUGAGAACCUGCUGAGCCAGAACCAAGGAGGCAAAGCCUUUAUUGUGGGAGACCAGAUCUCUUUUGUGGAUUACAACCUGCUGGACCUGCUGCUGAACCACCAGAUCCUGGCCCCCGGCUGCCUGGACGCCUUCCCCUUGCUGUCCGCCUAUGUAGCCCGGCUCUCCUCCCGACCCAAGCUCAAGGCCUUCCUGAGCUCCCCCCAGCACACUGAUCUCCCCAUCAAUGGCAAUGGCAAACAGUGAGGGCUCCCCCAGACCCUCGUCUUGGAAUAAAGGCUUUCUAGCAAACA